AUGUGCAACGUUUACCGACGGUUUGUGCAAGGAUUCGCGAAGAUCGGCGCGCCGCUGAAUAAGAAGACCGGCAAGAAUCAGCCCUAUGAUUUGGGGUGGGGCGCGUACGUAGAUACCCCGGUUCCACUGGACGGGUAUUGCACUACACUCGUGUCGCCGCCAAUCCGCGCGCUGCCCCGCUACGGACGGAAAUAUACGCUGGACACCGACGCGUGCGGACACCAAGUGGGUUGCGCUCUUCUACAGGAGCAACCCGAUGGAGGUACUCGACCGAUCGGAUAUUGGAGCCGCGCGGUGACCUACGCGGAGCGCAAUUAUACGACUACCGAAAAGGAAUGCUUGGCCGUAGUGUGGAGCAUCCUCACCCUACGGCCGUACCUGUACGGAAGCGCGUUCAACCUCCGCACGGAUCACGAGGCCCUACGCUGGGUCCUCAAUUUAGCGGACAGUUCCGGUCGGCUCGCUCGCUGGCUCCUGCGCUUAGCAGAGUACGACUACGAGGUACAGUACGGCCCAGGCGUCAAGCACCAACUCGCGGACGGCGUAUCGCGCUUACGUACCGAUGGAGGAGACACCGAACCGGUCGAUGAUGAGGUCCCGUGCUUCGCGGUCCAGUACGAUGACGGCAGCAAGGCCCUUCUGGACAAUGAACGCGACGCUGCGUCCAUCUCGGUUGAGGAAUUUAUACGCGAACAAGCUGAGGACGCCUUCUGUCGCUUCGCCGCGGAAACCGUCGAGACGCCGAACUCGAAGUUCGACAUCGACCGUUACGGAUUUCUCGUGAGGACGUCCCCGCUGGACGGGACCCUGCAGUGCGUGGUACCGACUCGGUUGCGCCCCCGGGUACUGUACCUGGCACACCAUCCGAGGUUGGCAGGUCACCCGGGAGCGACGCGUAUGUACCACACCCUUUGCAGGGAGUACUACUGGCCACACAUGGCCAGCGACGCGUUUUCGACCUUCGCUGCGAAAUUCUUCGACGCGGUAUGCGCCCUCCUGGGGGUGCGGCAUUAUCUCACGACGGCCUACCACCCCCAGUCGAAUGGGCAGACCGAACGGUUCAAUCGCACGCUGGUGCAACGCCUCCGGCACUACGUGGAGGAGCACCAGCGCGACUGGGACGACUACGUGCAGCCGCUGACCUUCGCGUACAAUACGCAGGUCCACCGGUCGACGGAGACGACUCCGUUCGAUCUGGUGUUAACGCACCCACCGUCCGGUUUAAUCCUCCCGGUACUGCGCCGCAGGACGCGGGGACCCAUCGAGAGGACCCGCGGACCGCGGUGCAGUACAAGCGUGCUUUGCUGCGCAAGCCUCGCGACGCUCUCGACAGCGCUCGGACGAAAUUAA